GAUUGAGAUAGGAUAUCAAGUGUUCUGGUCUAUUUUUCAGGUCUGAAAGACUUGAAAAGAAAAUGAUAUGAUGGCAACAAAGAAAGAAUCAGACAGUCCCCAGGAACAGGCUAACUCAAAUGUCAGUGAUGAAAGCUCAAGAUUAUUCUCAGUUUCAAAAACAAUUCCAAACUUUUCCUCAGAGGAUGAAGGUGAUGAAGUUGCUUAUAUUGCUCCCAGUCCAGUAUUUCUGAAGUUCUCCAGACCCAGAAAGAAACCUCAUUAUUCUCAUGGGAGUGGAAACAACACAAAUACUAAGGACAAAAACAACUCUUCCAAUGAAGCUUCUUCUAAACAGGCCUCUCAAUCAAGUCGAGUGAAAAAUGUCCUCAAAUUCUCCUCACUCAUGGAUGAGUCAUUUCCUGAGGAGAUGAAAUUCUCCCCAAUAUUUAAGUCUAGGUCCUUCAUUGAUGAGACAUUUCCUGAAGAAUUUAAUUCCUAUGCUUUGCCAAAAUCAAAUCAGAAUUUUGAAUUGGGUGCAACUAAAGUCCAUAAAAAGAAGGGCAUAAUCCAAUCCCCCGAAGCUUUGUGCAGCAAUGAUAACCAACCUGAUUCUAAUAUCAUGGAGAAGGCUCGAAAAUACUCUCAGAAAAUUGGAAGCAAAAUGAGAGCCGAAAAGAAGGCAAUUGCAAAACAAUAUUUUCAUGAAUUGUUACAUUCUUGUGAUGAGGAAAUAGAAGGAGAUGAGGAAGACAAGGAUCCAGGCAGUAGGAAAGUUCACAGGAAAAAGAAAAAGAGGAAAGCAGAAGUGGUUGGUGACAUUUCAUCUAGUAAACAUGAGGAACAAGAAUAUCUCAGCCAGGCAGAGAAACGACACAAGAAGACGUCAAUAGUUGCUCAAAAGUCUCGUUUGGAUGGGGAAGAGGCCUUGAAGAAAGUACAAGGACGAAAGAAAGACCAGUCCAGUACUGUGAGCAGUGUGACUAAAAUUUCUGAUAUGCAAGCUGAUAGCAGUUGUGGUGCUGGGAGAGAGAUCUUGGAUGGAGAUAAAAUUCUCAGAGAUAUGCUGUCCAUGGAUAGUAUGGCACAAAGACAUGAAAAACCUCAGAGGAGAUGUAGACAAAAUCUGUACUCAAAUAUUCCUAAGGAAUUGCAAUGGCCAUCUUCGUCAGAGUCAGAAAGUGAAGAAGAUGAUUUGGAUUUGAGUAUCAGUUGUUCUCAGAAAGGCCACCAUAAACCCUCCAGAUACUCUCCAGGUCACAGUCAUUUGGAGAAAGAUAUGCAGUCUAAUAGAAGAAGGAAUGUGACAAGCAAUAGUUCUUCUCCUAAAUGUAGAAGAAAUUUGGAUAUACAAAGCCAUAAUGCAGGUGUUUCAAAAGGAGUCAGGGAUAAUGUGAGGGAUCUUUACAACGAGCAGACAUGGUUGUAUAACAAUACAGACUUGUCCGAAGGAGCCACUGCUAUGCAUUCCAGCCCAGUGAAGAUUAUCAGCAUCAAUAAGCAUGUUCACCCAGGGGAUAAAAAACAACCACCAACAGGUUUAAAUUGUACAGAGAAAUACCACAUGCCUCAACAUGAGCAUGGCUCAGAUCCACAAAAUAAAGCUGCCAAAAGGUUUCCGACUGUGAUAUCUAUAUCAGAUGAUGAGUCGAUAUCAGGAGAGUCAUUCUCAGACAGACAUGAAGGAGAGGUUUUGGAAGGGAAUGCAUUACCUACACGAAGGAGUCAACGAUUUGCAAGAAAAACCAGACAAUCGAGCUUGGAGAGGGGAGAAGCUGAAAAUCCCCUUGUCCCCUCCCCAACGUUUAUGCACCCUUAUAGAAAUUCGGGGUUGGCUGCACGCCUAACUGCUGCAGAUAGCACAAGCCAAAGAACACCAUCUAGAAGUAGUGUAAAAGGGAGACCACUGAGACCAAACAGGAAUUGUCGUCAGCGCAGUGAGAUAUUAGCUUCCCCGAGAUCACAGAGUGUUUUCCAGGCAGUCAGUGAGAUGGAGAUGGACGAGGAAAUGGCAAGGCGACUACAGGAGGAAAUGGACUUUGAGUAUGCCAUGACACUGUUCAAUGCUGAGAGCCAGGCCCAAACCCCACCUUGUCCCAGGCUGUCGGAUUACCACACCCAUGAUAGUGACUCCCCUACAACAAUGCUCACCAGGGGGAUGAGACAGUCCACUAGGGACAUGGAUAUUGUUCUUGAGUCCUUGUUCCAUGAAGAGUCAGAAGAUAGCUCUAUGGAGAAUUCAGUGAUGGAUUUUCCAUUUGGUUCACACAUGCUGGUAUCACAUGGCGUUAAUCGACGUGGAAACAGAAAUAGAGGUCGUCGUCAUGUUUUAGAUUGGACAGAGAGGCUUUUGCAGGAUGAUUUACAUCAAGGAAGAAAUAACAUACCAAGAAGAUUGCUUACUCACAACAGAACAUUCUCAUCCAAUGACUUUGAGGAUCUUUUGAGCAUAGCAGAAUUACUGGGGGAUGUGAAACCCAAAGGUAUCUCCAGCGAGGAGGCAACACUCCUCCCAGAGAAAAAAUUCCAUGCCAACAACAAAAUGACUUCCUGUUCCAUCUGCAUGUGUGACUACAUUCUGAAUGAGAGGCUGAAAAUUCUUCCAUGCUUCCACGAAUUUCACGGAGAGUGCAUAGAAAAAUGGAUUGUUACCAAUGCCACCUGUCCCAUAUGUAGAGUGGAAGUCAAAGUAUGAAGACAUCACAUGAUUUGCAUAAAAAGAUCACAUGAUAUGCAUAAAUAAAUCACAUGAUGAUAUGCAUAAAAAUAUAGAUUACAUGUGUCCAUGUGUCCUUAUACCUCAGCUGUUGCCCCGAUGUUAAUGUCCUUAAUACUUUAAAUUUGUGUUGCCAUGCUUUACUAGGGAUGUUAACAUUUAUUCCAUAUUUGUUUUGUGUUUAUAGCGCAUCAUUUAUGGUAAAUGUUAUGCAGAUGUAAAUAUAUUACAUGUAUAUCCUUGAAGAUUGGAAUUCACUUUAUUCUUGUACCUGUAAAUGCAUGAUAUCCUUGUGGGCAUUAUACACUUUCUAGGGAUGUUGUGUUAAUCUGUCUUUCAUUUAUUGGAGGUCAUAAAGCAAAAUAAUGACAAAUUAUAUUGACUUAAAAUCAUUAAAAAUAAAAGUGGUUAUUAUCUUUGGGUUGAUAAAACUUGCCGUCAUAUGAUAACUUCUGGAUUUUUUUCUCUUUGGGAUGUAUCAUAAAGCUUUUGUUUCCUAAAAACUUUUUUUUUUUUGCAUGCAUGCAUGAAGGCUUAUAACAUUUAUUGAUACUUUAGGAAAGUUAACAAAAAAAAUAAAUGAGCAUUAUUUUUAUUCAAAUGAUAUGCAAUAUGCGUGCACCUUUAAAUCAGCUGUUAAUUGUUGAGUGCUCUACUCUCCUCAAAGAAGGAAGUGGGGCAAACUACAACAACUGAAUUAAUUAAAUUUAUAUCUACAUGUAUUUAAUGUUUAUGUCUUAUGAAAGAAAAAAGUGCGAAGUAUCUUUUUAAUGGAUGCUAGUGGUAUUUGCGUUUGACAGAGACAAAUUUUGAUUAGUUACUUGUUGUAGUGGAGAUUUGAAACUUCACCAUGAUAAAAAAAAUUACCAUGUUAUCAGUAAGAUUCAGGGUAAAAUGUUGCACUCGGUGAGAAGCUUUUCUGAAAAAAAGCAAAAGUUUAAAGAGGUGGUUCUGUGGUUGAAGUCUCACAAAUGUGGAUUUAUUGUGUUCACAACUUUUUUUAGUAUUGACAAAGCUGUUCUUACCAUAAAACUGUAAACUAAAGAAAGUAUUGUAAGCAAUGAUAGAUAAUUAUUAGUAAUUCUCUAAUUUGUAAACAUUUGUUUCUUAAUGUAUCUGUUGCCUCAAGAAAGUACAUUGUACUUUGUAGAUUUUUUUUUUUGUUUUUAAUCCAUUUUGGAACAAAUUUCCCAUACAGUACUGUAGUGUUUUUCACUUGUAUAUUUUGUUUUCUAGUGCAUGUAUAUUACAUGCUGCUUAUUAUGAAAGGUUCUAGUCCAGAGUUUAUCAAGUUUUGUAGUUUUGUGCCUGAAAAGAAAAGCAUCUUUUCUUUGGGUUUGAUGUUGUGAGAAAUGUACAAUAAGAAUUAAUUAUAGCAAUUAUGACCUUGAAAAUCUCUUCUUUUUCAACUCACCUGAGUCCAAGGUCUGAUCAAAAGAUGUUCAUCUUUUCUGUUGUCCAUGCGUCGGAUGUAAACUUUCACAUUUUCAUAUUCUUCUCCAGAACCAUUGGGCCAAUUUCUACCAAACUUGCCACAAAGCAUCUUAGGGUGAAUGGGAUUCAAGUUCGUUCUAUUGAAGGGUCACCCCUCAUUCAAGGGGAGAUAAUAAAGAAAUGGUGAGAAUUUGGUGGUUUCUUUAAUAAAUCUUGUUUUCAAGAACCACUAGGCCAGAAAAUGUGAAAUUUAUGUGAAAUCUUCUUGACCUAGUUUAAAUUCAAUUUUGUUGAAAUCAUGGAUGACCCCAGGGGUAGAGUGGGGCCACAGUGGGGGCUCAAAGUGAACAAAGGCAUGAAUUGAAAAAAAAAAAUCUUCAAAAAUCCUGUUCAUAAGAACAAAAGGACCAUGUUUAGUCAUAUUAAUAUGCAAGAAUCCUCAGGUAGUGUAGAUUCAAGUUUGUUCAAUUCAUAGUCCCUAGGUGUAGGAAAAUAGAGUUUUACUUCAUAAAUUAUAGGAUUUUUUUUUUUUAAAUUAGCAGGGUCACAUUUAAUAAUUAAUAUGCAAAUAUUUCUAAGUUGUGCAGAUUCAAGGAUUUUUUUCAAAUUCUGGAUCUUAAGCUAAAAUUGGGAAUCAAAUUCAAAUUUCACAUAUUAAAUGUAUAUCAGAAAAAUCUCCAAGUCCAUGUUAGUCCUAUUGAAAAAUUCCCAUGUUGAGUGGGAUCAAGUUCUGCUUAAUCAGAACCAUUUUAGGCUAGGAUGGGUCACCAUAUGGUGUUUAAAUUCUUCAUAAACAAAGAGGUAAAAAAAAUAUUUUAAAAGUUUUCUUCUGAUGAACAGUGAGACUCAGGUGAGUGUUGUGGUUCAUGGGUAUCAUGUUUUUUUUCAUUGUUUGAAAGAAUUCAAGAUGUAAAAUGAUUGGAAUAAAAUUAAAACUACAAUAUAAGUAAAAUGAGUAUAAUCUUAACUAAAGAGAAAACACUGUGUUCAAAUUUUCUUUCCUUAGAUGCAGAAGUGUAUUAUCAUAGUUACAGAUAGACCUGUUAAAGAAUUUGUAUCAAAAGUUUAUAUUAAAAGUCUCAUUAAAUUACAGGAAACUGAA